AGAAACUGGCCUUAGCAGUGUGAUGCUAACUGUUAGCCGCUAGCUUAGACAACAUGGCACAAGCUGCUCCUUCCUCCGGAUCGAUCCUAGUGGCGGACUGGCAUCGAUGUAAAGACAGCAGAGAAUAUUUCAGCAAAAUUCUGCACAAGAAGAGACGCAAAGUCUUCGGCUUGUUGGAGUCUCCAGUGAUGCCUCCACAUGUAGCGGUGGACACAGUUCACUAUAAGAUCUUCAUCUCCGGCAAGAGCGGAGUCGGGAAAACUGCUCUUGCUGCUCGUCUGGCAGGCCUGAAUAUUCCCAACAUGCACUAUGAAACCACAGGUAUUGAGACGACGGUGGUUUAUUGGCCGGUGAAGCUGAGAGAAAACGGCAGAGUUCUGUUCUUCCGUCUGCAGCUGUGGGACUGUGGAGAGAACGCCCUACGCAGAUUUGACCACUUGCUACCAGCCUGUAAAGAGCAGGUGGACGCUGUCCUUUUCCUCUUCUCCUUCACUGACAGAACGUCUUUUGAUGACCUGUCGAAUCAAAUCACUAAAUGGAGCGGGACAUCUGUGGGUCGUGUUGUCAAACUGGUGGUUGGCACCAAAUUUGACCUCUUCAUGCACUGUGAUGUGGCAGCGAGAGACGUGAAGGACUUCCAGGAGAGGUGGAGCGUCCCGGUGCUGAGGGUGGGCGGAGAGGUCAGUGACGGGCUGGGGGACGUGGCCCCCCUCCUCAACCGCCUGGCAGAGAGUCUGUGGCAUCAGGACUGUGUUACAGCCAGACACCAGCCACAGCAGGAGCCCUGACGCUG